UUUGCUUGGGGAAAACGCCACGCCGCUUAUCGAUAGUCGCGCGGACAACCGAUCAGGGUAAACACAACGCCAUCCGGUUUCACAGCGGGAUCGAGACGGCCAUGAGGGCGUCGAGAGUCGGUCGGUUUAUUUCUAAACAUUUAAUCAGACAGUCUAUAAAAUCAAAACUCUUUCUGUAUCGUCUCUAAUCCAUCAAUUUCACGUAUUACCUCGUUUCUGUUGAUCUCAUCCUGCGCUGAUCUCAAAUCUGGCAUACCUCUAAGUCUAGGGGCAUUCAUGUCACGCAUGCGCCCACAGCAAUGGUGCUCGUAACGUCCUCGACUAUCUCUGUCAUCCUAUCAUCAAGCGUGGUAUGCAUCUUCACAUUCCUGCUCUUCCUGUCAGGCUACGUGCUCCAGCAGCAAUCUGUACGGAGUAUACAACAUGCGAUCCGUCCACCACUCGACUCUCCGCAUAAGAUAUCCCCGCAUUUGGUAGCGAGAGAUCGGGGUGCAGAUGACCAGUUGUACCUGAAUGAAGCUAGCAGCAAUUACGCGCAGGAUGUCCUGUCAGGGACACGAGACGAGGACGAUAUACUCUCCAAUCCAACAGGAGACACAGCAGGAAAGGGCAAUUAUGCCUAUCUGCAACUUGUCUCCGAUCCGGAUCCUUCGAAUAUCUGCUCUGCAAUUCUUUUCUUCAAGACUCUUUCCAAGUCGCGUUCGUCCGUUCAUGACCGUCUCUUCAUGUACCCGCAGGUCUGGGACAUGAUGAACGAACCCUCAAAACAGGUUUCCACGGCCCUCUCUUUACUUCGCGACGCGAGUACCAAAUAUGACUUUUGGCUGCUCCCCAUCGACAUGUCGCUAGCAACUAAGCACGGGUAUCAAAUUACGGACUCGAAACUUCUCCGCCUUGGCCAGAUCCAAUUCCUCCAGUACGACAGCGUGCUAUAUCUUCAAUCACCGGGGUUGCUUCUCGAUGGCGAGAAGUUAGAUCAAGUACUGCUCUCUCGACCUCUUCCUCUAACUUAUAACAAGGAUAGGAUCGAGUCAUACAGGAAUGAUGCCUGGAUCGCUAUGCCUUUGAGGCCGGAACGAGAACCUAAUCUCCCGCCCGUGUACCUCAUUGCUGUGAACAACAUGGGAGACCACGUCGAGGCGCGAACACAUAUUCCAAAUGUCGCCAUUGCAGGAUUCGGAGAACUGGUUACCGGGCCCUGGGGCGGAGAGAACCCCGAUGCAGCGUACGUGUUCUUCGAGAAAGAUCGUGACGGACACGUACGCUGGGAAGAUAAUCCACUAUUUGGAACCUGGCGGGCGCAGCAGAAUGAGGUCUGCGAGGGUUUAAACCUGGAUGUGAAUUGAAAAUUGUUUUUAUUUUUUUGGGAAAGGAAUUUCCUACAGCGAUCACUGCACUUAUGAUGUGUCAUUGGGACUAUAUGCAUUUCAUUUCGGAAUUACAAUUGUGAACAUACGAGAUUGGGGGGAAAAGGAAAGGACGUAUUUGUAACAUGCUGGCGUUGUUACACGCGUGAUAUAUUUUCCCCUAUGGGGCCAGGUGCGAUUUCUAUAUACCUCUUUUUAAGG